UGAUGAGCUGACCUGCAGCCCGCACACCGACAGAACCGGAUUCAAACACGUCAGUGAUCCAGAGUCUGUCACCGACACGCGCACACAGACGAACACGCGCACGCCGUGCAGCAGCAGCACGGUCGGUCGGUGUUUCAGCAGCGGGAGACAAAACGGUCGCAGAUCCGCGUGACCACAGAACGGAUCCUAAGCGGGACUAACCGGGACCAGGCAGGUGUUUUCGGUAACGGCUCCAGUUCUGUUUGUGCGGGAGGACGAAACGUGACCAGAAUCAAAGAACCGAUGGUCUGAGGUUGAGCACGAUGAUGAUGAACUCCGACAAGAUGAAGAAGAAACCUCCAAAGGACAGUUUGACUCUGCUGCCAUGUUUCUACUUUGUGGAGCUGCCCAUCGUGGCUUCUUCUAUGGUGUCUCUGUACUUCCUGGAGUUGACUGACGUUGUCCAGCCAGCUCAGGUUGGGUUCAGGUGUCAUGACAGAGAGCUCAGCAUGCCAUACGUGGACGGAGGAGACGAACUGAUCCCACUGCUGAUGCUGCUGAGCCUCGCCUUCGCUGGACCGGCUGCCUCAAUCAUGCUGGUUGAAGGUCUCAUUUACUGCCUGCAGUCCAGACUGAAGCUCCGCAGACCUGAAGGAAGCAUCAACGCUGGAGGCUGCAACUUCAACUCCUUCCUGAGGAGGACGGUGCGCUUCGUAGGUGUUCAUGUGUUCGGUCUGUGUGCGACGGCGUUGGUCACUGACAUCAUCCAGCUAUCGACAGGUUACCACACUCCGUUCUUCCUCACCGUCUGUAAACCGAACUACACGCUCGCCGGUGUCUCCUGUGACAGAAACGCUUACAUCACUAAAGACAUCUGCUCGGGACACGACCAGCACGCCAUCAUGGCCGCCAGGAAAACAUUCCCUUCCCAGCAUGCAACUCUGUCCGCCUUCGCUGCUGUUUACAUCUCUAUGUACUUUAACUCAACAAUCUCCGACAGCACCAAGCUGCUCAAACCCGUCCUGGUUUUCGCAUUCGCCAUUGCAGCGGCGUUGACGGGUCUGACUCAGAUCACUCAGCACCGCAGCCAUCCCAUCGACGUCUAUGUGGGCUUCCUCAUUGGAGCCUUCAUCGCUGCUUAUCUGGCUUUUCAUGCUGUUGCCAACUUCAAGUCCUCUGAUGACAUCACUCCAGCACCACCCCCCCCACCCCUGAAGGAGGACCCCCUGCGUGCACUGACAGAGCGAGGACACGAGUCCGUCUACAACAAGGGCCCCGCCUCCGCCUCAGAGAGUAAUGAUGAGAUAGCAGCAGCUCCGGCCCCCAUGGACCGGCUGGAGGGUUUGGGGCCCCUACAGAGGGAGAAGGACUCCAUGGGGAGCCUGAAGAGAGCCAGCGUGGAUGUGGAGCUGCUGGCUCCUCGCAGCCCCAUGGGCAAGGAGACCAUGUUGACCUUCAGUAACACGCUGCCCAGGGCGAGCAUGAACGUUAACGGAGUGCUGGGGGCCAACACAGGACCAGAGGAUCCAGUGCAGUCAGUGCAGCCGGUGCAGCCGGUGCAGCGGCGUUUGAAGGCGGUGCAGGUUCCCAUGGACCCAAUGCGUUCACAGCAGCUGGUGUCGGAGUGGAAGCAGAAGUCGAUGGAGAUGAGAGGCCUGAAUGUCCGGGACGAGGCGGAGCACGAGGCCAGCGAAGACGGCUCUGAGGUGGGCUCUGUGGGGACAGAUGAGGCAGGGUCUCAGGUCCCCAUCUACCAGCCCACAGUGCAGCCUGGGAGGGCAUCUUCUAGCCGUAAUCCCACUCCACCUCCAGGUGGUGCCAAAGCCGUGGCUACUCCCAGACCACCACAGAUCCCUGAGGCUGGACCACCACCAGUGUCCCCAAAGAGUGCCCUGACCCGGGCAAAGUGGCUAGCCAUCCGAGAGAAGACAACUGGGGAGGGGUCAGCCCGCGGUGCUGCCAACCAGCCGCGACUCAUGCAGGUCAUCACCAUGUCAAAGCAGCAGGGCCUCCUCCCCUCAUCCUCCUCAGUGGAGAAAUCCUCGGAGACCACCUCCACAUGCUCCGGCACCUCCUCCACCACUGACUCUCCACAUUACCGCCCCCCCUACGAGCAGAGGGAGGGCUCAGGGAUCAUCACAGUGGAUGCCCACGCCCCUCAUCAUCCUGUUGUCCAAGCCCCACCCCCUCCGCAAGCCCCGCCCCUUGCAGGUAACAGUAACCCAUGGGAGUGGGCAGGGGCAUCUAACGGAGGGGACCCACGAGACACCUACGACCUCAACAGCCUGAACCGGGGAGACUCUGCGGCCCGUGGCAGUAGCUUCCGGCCUCACCGAUCCGCCUCGCCGCGUGCUGUAGUCGAACCUGACCCAGCCCUGCCCCCACCUAACGCACAGGUGGAGGUGUGUGUGGAAGCUCAGCGCAGGGAGAUGGCUAUGAGACGCAAGACGGCACUAGUUCUGUUGGAUCGAGAGAUCCGUAACCAGACUGAACAGGAGAACUACUAUAAGAGUUUGCAGGGACGAAGAUUUAAGGACUAGACCCUUUCAAAAUAAAAGCCAUUAUUUUGGUCACUACAGCACCUGGACAGGACACCACCUUGGUUUCAUGCAAUGGAAAGUUGGAACAUUUCCAUCAUUCUGGUGUCGAUGUGGCUCAACACUCUGGAAAGACAUGUCCAUGACCUUUCCAAUAAUGUCCGCCAAAGAGUGGCAUCAUGAGAUUAAUAAUAAUAAUUCAUUUAAUUAAUUUUAAGCAUCAAUUUUUAUCAGGAAAUGACAAACUGUAAGAUACCAUGAAGAAUACCUGAAAAUACUGAAAACAUGACUUUGUGUCUGACGGUCCGGCUCGCUGUUUGAUGACCUUCAUCUGAGAGACGAUCGUCCACAGUGUUGAGCUACUGAAGAGGAACCUACAGUUUCCAUGGCAACUUGUUCUGUCGACAUCAAAACAGCACAAACAAUUUUCUGAAGCACAAACAUGCAACAAACCUGAACCCUGCAGUGUCACAACAUCGUCCACCACAACCACCUGCCUCUGGCCCCGCCUCCUCUGGUGGUGUGGCCUAUGACAGUGUUUCCUGUCAUUUUUCUGGACAUUGUGGCGGCCAUGUUGGAGGUUUUACACUGAUUGUAUAUUACCUGGACUGUUAUUGCCCUUAUGUUGUGAUGGCUUGGUUGCUAAAGUGAUUCUAAGCAUGUUUGUUUGUGUGCUGCUUUCUGAUUGGUUGAGACUGUGUGUUGAGAUUGUGUGUGUGUGUGUGUGUGUGCGCGCGCGCGCAUGCGCGCGCAGGUUUUGAGGAUGGAUGAUAUUAAAUAUUCAUUGAGAUUUUAAAGAUACUCACUGAUUGUUACAGCGCUGCUCAUCGAGACGUUCGAUCAUAAAAAUCUGUCCCAGUUCAUUCUGAUCUCGGUCCCGGUCCUCAUCCUGAUCCUGGUCUGUCCCUGUUGUUCAUGUGUCUGUGUUGUAGCAUGUUGAUGGAGGUUUUUUAAUUGUGUGAACAGAAUGCUGAUCUCUGUGAACAUCUGAAUGUAAAAACAUUGUUGCUCUUGAAUCUGUUAUGACUGGAAACAGGAAAAAGAAAAAAAAAUGCUGCUAUAAAAACCUUUCAAAUUAAGAGAAAAGAGUUUCAGACUGAAGGAUGCUGCAUGCUCUGUGGUCAUUAUGAUGAAAGUUUAAUUAAAAGUUAUUCGUCAA